CGGUUUUUCUGAAAAAAAGUUCAUAGAGUUUAUCAUUUUAAAAUUGUCUUGUAUUUUUUUCUGAAAAGUAAGGUAAAUGUCCCAAUACCGAAACAAGACCCAAUACCGGAACGAUUUGAUAAUCAUUAUAUUAUAUUUCAACUCGUACGCGAUGAAACUAAAUAAAACUUCUUUAUUUGAAACCUUAAUCUUUCAGUUAAAAAAUAAGAUAUAAAAUAGAUUUUAGAAAAUAUUUAAAAUAUGAAAAAAAAAAAUUUUAAUUAGAGCAAUAGUCUCGGAUUCAUGACUUUUUCAUGUCUCUUAAUGAUUUUGCUCAGUCAAUUGUCUUAAGCUUAUAGAAAAUGCAUAGAAUUACUUUUCAAUAAUUUUUUUUUUGUACAUGAAUCUUGAAUGACAUAAAAUUCAAGAAAACAUAUUAAAAAUAUGAAAAAAAUAGUAUUAUUAUAUUAAUUUUACUGUUCGUCUAUUGGUACACCAAAAUGAACCCGUGCCCAGUACCAGAACAGCCAAUCAUAUUAAUGUUAUCAAUAGACAUUAACGGUGAGUUUUAUUGACUGGCUAAAUCAAGUACAAUAUUAAUUAUUACUGGAGCCCUAAUAUUUAAUGCAAUGAUUGAUAUCAAUCGUUCUGCCAUUGAGAUUAUUACUUAGUGCCAAGACGAUAGUGCUCAAUUUAAAGUCUUAGCUCUCAGAUAAAAUAAUUUUAUAACUAUGGAGUUAAAUACUUUAUUCAUUUUGCUUAUAAACUCGAUCGUUCUCGUUAAUGGAAAAAAUAUCGUAUUGAUAAUUGCGGAUGACUUGGAUUUGGUACUCGAUGGAAUGACGCCACUUCAAAAUACACGGAACAUCAUAGGCAAUAAUGGGGCAACUUUCCUCAAUUGUUUUGUAGCAUCUCCAUUGUGUUGUCCCAAUCGAGCGUCAAUUUUAACCGGAAGAUAUCAACAUAACCACCAGACUUUUAAUAAUUCGUUAUCCGGAGGAUGUAGUAGCAUAAAAUGGCAAAACACUUACGAAAAACAUACUUUUGCUACGAUUUUGAAAACUCAAAAGAAUUAUAGAACAUUUUAUGCUGGCAAAUAUUUGAAUCAAUAUGGAACAAAUUUGGCGGGAGGACCAAAUCAUAAGCCAGCAGGAUGGGAUUGGUGGGCUGGAUUGAUUGGCAAUUCCAAAUAUUAUAAUUAUACGUUAUCAGUAAACGGUUCUGCAAAGUUUUACGGUGAUAAAAUAAAAGACUAUCUGACGGAUGUCAUAGCUGAAAUGGCUGUGAGCUUUAUUCGAAGUUCUAAUAACGACGCUCAACCGUUUCUUAUGGUUCUUGCACCUCCAGCACCACAUGCACCGUUUACGCCAGCCGUUAAGCACAAUGAUAAAUUUAAAAAAACGAAAGCAAAGCGUACACCUAAUUUCAAUUCCUCACCUCAAAUGGAUAAGCAUUGGUUAGUUCGAAUGUCUCCAUCACCGCUUCCACACGAAAUAUUACCAAAGCUAGAUUUCAUUUUUAGACGGCGUUGGGAAACACUUUUAUCUGUUGAUGAUUUAGUAGUAACAAUAUACGAAGCGCUAAGACUUCAGAAAGUUUUAAAUAAUACUUAUAUCAUAUUCACGUCUGAUAAUGGAUAUCACAUAGGACAGUUUAGCAUGCCAUUUGAUAAGAGACAACCUUAUGAGAGUGACGUCCGGGUUCCCCUAUUGAUUCGUGGUCCAGAAAUCGCAGUAUCCCAAGUCAGAAUACCGGUCAGCAGUGUCGAUUUAUUUGACACGAUUUUACAUAUUGCUGAGAUCAAAGAAUAUUCGGAUGGAAAAUCAGUACUGUUGAAAAAUGUUUCUCAUGAUCGGACAGUAUUAAUUGAGUACAAAGGAGAAAAAUCACUUAAUCACCACAAUACUACCUGCGCGGAUGAUUUCGAUUUGAAUUUAUACGGUUGUGAUAAAAAUAUGGCGUGCAAGUGUGAAGAUUCCACAAAUAACACCUACUCAUGUAUAAGGAGAUUUUCCAACAACUACAACAAUAUAUUUUGUAUUUUCAAAGAUGAUCAAGAUUAUAUAGAAGCUUAUGAUUUAAAUAAGGACCAAUAUCAAAUGAUAAACAUUGGAUAUAAAAUGAAUCAUCGUCGAAGACGUAGGUUUCGAAAACGUUUAAAUCGAAUGGUCAAAUGCAUUGGAUCUGAUUGCCUUUGAAUAUAAUCGAAAAUCUUAUAUUUAUAUGUUGAUAUCCUAUUCAUUAAUUAAAAUUUUUAUAUUUGAGGUCUAAUAAUUUUUCAACAUCUUUAUGUGCAACGCAUUUUCAACUUUUUUUAACUUUUCGAAGAAAGAAAUUAAUAAUUUUACGUGUAUUAUGUAAUGA